UGGGGCUGCUGGGACGGUGGAGGAGUCGCGAGGCCUCCCGCCGCCGUCGGGCAGAGAGGCUGGCGGAGGCGGGGCCGCGGCCGCCCUCGAGACGAGCCCUGGCGGCGGCGGCGGCCCAGCUUCUUCUCUCCUCGCACAGCCAGGCGGCCACGCUCGAGGCCCGCGUCGCCAUGGCCGCGGUUCCCGAGUUGCUGCAGCAGCAGGAGGAGGACCGCAGCAAGCUGAGAUCUGUGUCAGUGGACCUGAAUGUUGAUCCCUCGCUUCAGAUUGACAUACCUGAUGCACUCAGUGAGAGGGAUAAAGUCAAAUUUACGGUGCACACCAAGACCACGCUGCCCACGUUUCAGAGCCCAGAGUUUUCUGUUACAAGGCAACAUGAAGACUUUGUGUGGCUACAUGACACUCUUAUUGAAACUACAGACUACGCUGGGCUUAUUAUUCCGCCCGCGCCUGCAAAGCCUGACUUCGACGGCCCUCGAGAGAAGAUGCAGAAACUGGGAGAGGGUGAAGGGUCUAUGACCAAAGAAGAAUUUGCCAAGAUGAAGCAAGAGCUGGAAGCUGAGUAUCUUGCGGUCUUCAAGAAGACUGUGUCUUCCCAUGAAGUCUUUCUUCAGCGGCUCUCCUCUCACCCUGUUCUCAGUAAAGAUCGCAACUUUCACAUUUUCCUGGAAUAUGAUCAAGAUCUAAGUGUUAGGCGGAAAAAUACCAAAGAGAUGUUUGGUGGCUUUUUCAAAAGUGUGGUGAAAAGUGCUGAUGAAGUUCUUUUUUCAGGAGUUAAGGAAGUAGAUGACUUCUUUGAGCAAGAGAAGCAUUUCCUCAGUAACUAUUACGAUAGGAUCAAGGGUUCCUGUGCAAAGGCUGACAGAAUGACCAGCGCUCAUAAAAAUGUAGCAGACGAUUACAUCCACACCGCAGCCUGCUUGCAUAGCCUGGCUUUAGAAGAGCCCACGGUCAUCAAAAAGUACCUAUUGAAGGCGGCUGAGCUAUUUGAAAAACUUAGGAAAGUAGAGAGUCGAGUCUCCUCAGAUGAAGACUUAAAGCUGACAGAGCUCCUCCGAUACUACAUGCUCAACAUAGAGGCUGCUAAGGAUCUCUUAUACAGACGCACUAAAGCCCUCAUUGACUAUGAGAAUUCAAACAAGGCGUUGGAUAAGGCCCGGUUAAAAAGCAAAGAUGUCAAGCUGGCUGAGGCACACCAGCAGGAAUGCUGCCAGAAAUUUGAACAGCUUUCUGAAUCUGCAAAAGAAGAGCUAAUCAAUUUCAAACGAAAGAGAGUGGCAGCAUUUAGGAAGAAUCUGAUUGAAAUGUCUGAACUGGAAAUAAAGCAUGCCAGGAUAUCCAAAUUUACUGGGCAUCCUGCAUUUUUAUUUGCAAAGUCUGGCACCCGGAAUGCAGCUAGUACAGCUGAGGAAGUGAGUUUUUUCUUUUUUCUUUCCCACAGCUUGUGGGAUCUUGGUUCCCCAGCCAGGGAUCGAACCUGGGCCACAACGGUGAAAGUACCGAGUCCUAACCACUGGACUGUCAGGGAAUUAGCAAGAAGUGACUUUUCAAUUUAUAAAAAUUUGAAUAAACAGCCACAUGUUUCUGGUGGCUACUGUAUUGGCCAGUGUCCUCUAGAGAAAGCCAGGUCCAGUCAUUCACCCCAGGACAGUUGCGGCUCCCCAGCUGAGGCCCCAGACGAUGUGUUACAGAGACAAGCUGUCCCCCUAGGCCCUGAGUCCUUGACCCACAGAAUCCCUGAGCGCGGUAAGAUGGUGCUUGUUUCAUGCGCUAAAUUUGUGGUCAUUUGUAGCUGGAACUCCCUCAGUCCUCCAGGAACCCAGCUCACUUCCACCCCGGGCCCUGAGCUGGAAUGUUCUCCCACACGUCCUUCACUCCUUUCCUCACAUGCUUCCAGUCUUUGCUCAGAUCUUGCCUUUCAUUGA